AUGACAAGCAACACACAGAAAUCUGAUGAAAAUAGAAGUAAACGUAAAAAAGAUAUGGAGAAUGAAGCUUCAGAAAAUCCUCAGUUGUCCUCCCUUGACAAAACAGAUGUGGCUUUUUCUGAGGGCUCACAGUCCCUUUACAAACCUGAACCACUGGAAAAAGUUUUAAACGAGAUGAACAAAGAAAUUAUGAACUUGUUAUCAAAAUAUGCUCACAUUUUAAGUGAGAGAGCAGCGAUGGAUGCUUCUUAUGUCCAAGAACUUGAUGGAAUCUUAAAAGAAGCAAGGACCAUAGAAAACCACUUAAAACUGAAAAGGGAGAGCCUGAAACAGAGAUUCACUGUGAUUGCAAAUACUCUGCAAAGCUAAAUGGGGUUUGUUAGAUUGCAGAAAUGCAGAACAAAACUUGUUGUAUAUUUUAUGUAUUAAAAUAUAAACUAUGAUGGGCGCUAUGAUGAAUGUUUCAUAAAUGUCUUAUGUAAAUAUUUCUAGCAGUUCAGGAAACUUUCAACAACUUAAGCAGCAACUUAUUUUUUAAAUAAGUAGAUACAAUAAAUACAUAGGGUAGCGGAAGUUAGGAAAAAACCAGUACUAAAUAUCCAUUUAAAAUCCCAUGACUCCAAGAGAUUCUACACAUUAAAACAUCUUUUUUCACUUGUUGACCCAUUGCUUAGGCUGUCCCAGUGUUUCUAUUCCUAGAAAAAAAUUGGAAGCAUUUGAAAAAGAAAGUAAAAUCAAUUUUGUAUUGCUUGGCUUUGAGGCUAUGCAAGUUCAAUACAACUGAAUUCAGAAGCAGCCAUAGUAUUUCUAAUGUCACUGCUAAGAAUGUUUUUCUCUUUUAUUGUUACAACCAGUCUUUCGCUCUAGAACAUAGUAUAGAAUAAUUUCUGUGAAACAUAGAAUUUUGCAAUGUAAGUGGAAAAGGAUCUCAGAUGAUUUCAUAUUAACCAUUUUCUAUUUUUUUUUCUUUCUACUUUAGAAAAUGUUUUGGUGCUAAAAUCUUAGUAGAAUGUACUUGCAAUCUUAUUUCCAUUUUGUCUCAGAACACAAAUAGAUUGAAAAGAUCAGCUUAGAAAUAGGAGCGUUCUAUUAAGAAUACUACUUUGGGAAAUGUAUAAAGAAGUAUAAAGUCUUAAUUUGAAAAUAUAUUUUAAUACUUCUACAGCUUUUCAAAUGAAACCAAGGCCAUUUUGAUACAAACAUAAAAGCACAUCCUCAAAACUUUGCUGGUAAUGUCAGUAAAUAACUAGAUAAUGUUAACAUAAUCUAGAAUUACACUGCUCUUUUGUUAGUUAGAUACAUCAGUAUUGUUUGCUGUAUAUGCAGUUUAUUUAAGGAAACUUACAGAUUUUUUUGAGCACUUUUUCUUUCUUGUCAUUUGACUCUGCGCUGAAGAUGAAACAUAAAAUGUACAAAACAUCAUUUGUACAAAUUGUGAGGCUAAUGUAAUAAAGAAAAGUGCUAGAUAGUCCUGUUGCUGGCAUAAGAUAUAUUUAUAUCUUUACCCCAGUACUGUGUAUUAAUUUUCUCUUUAAGUCCUUUCAGACUUAAUCAAUCCUCCUUUUCCCCUUUUAUUAGAUAAAAGUCUCAAACAAAUGUGCUACCUGUCAAACUGAAACUAUUUGAAACAAAUAAUGAGAGAAACUGGACAUCUAGGGUGAGAUUUUCCAAGGUAUUUAGAUACCUAAAGAUGCAGAUAUGUACUUAGUAGGAUUUUCAAAGUGCCUAAGCAUGUAAGCGCCUUACAUGCUUAAGAAUUUUUGAAAAUCCCAUAAGGUGCCUAUCUGCAUCUUUAGCAUCUAAAGUCUUUCAAAAAUCUUGCUGCUAGUCUACGCCGUAUUUUACCAGUCUCUUACUUUUCCCUAAUAAUCACAUCUUGUUUUGUAAGUAGUCUUGGUAAUAUUGUGUAAACAGAAGAAAGUGGGAGAAAAAGAGAAGAAGAUUUUGGAAGUUAAAUUUUCUAGAAUAUUUUGCUGUUUCUAAAAUCUACGAUCAUCUAUAAUGAUGACAAAAAGCAGAGUUUUAAAUUGUCAUCUAUGAAGUGUCUGAAUUUAGAAAGUUACCUAUAGUUAUUCAUGUAAGCCUUUAAAGAAAAAUUACACAAAGUUCAUUACUGUUAAAUAUCUGCC